ACCAUAAAACCUGCCAAAACUAGCUUCAAACAUAAAGUAUAUUGUUCGAUCGUCGCAUGCACAAGCAUAUGGCGCCAAACCAUCCACCGGCCAUGGAGGCGGCGCCGGAGCACGGUGGACGUUCGUCGUCGUCGUCGACGGAUCCAGAGCUGGAUCAGCAUAACAAGGGCAUACUGGAGAAGAUGCACAAGAGCCUCCUCCUCCUCGCCAUCCUCGCCGCCACCGUCACCUACAACGCCGGCCUCGCCCCGCCCGGCGGCGUCUGGGCCGACGACGCCGACGGCCACGUCGCCGGCGACUCCGUUCUCCAGGCGCACUACCCGGUGCGGUACAGCGUGUUCUUCUACUGCAACGCGACGGCGUUCGUGGCGUCUCUGGUGAUCACCAUGCUGCUGCUGAGCAGCACCUUCAGCUUCCACGGGUACAGGGUGCGGGCGCUGCAGGCGGCCAUGGCGCUCGACCUGAUCGGCCUCCUGGGCGCCUUCGCGGCGGGGGGAUGCCGGAGCGUGAGGACGUCGGCGUUCGUGCUGGCCCUCGUGGCCGUCAUCGCCGCCUACCUCGUCGCCCACCUGCUGCUCCACUUCUGGAUCCGGAGCAGCCGGUGCCCCUCCCACCGCCGGGAGCUCGUCGAGCUUCUGAAUCUUCACCGGUGCCAUUCUUGCUGCGUCGGCGCCGCCGCCGCCAAGGACGACGCGACGACGGUGGCGCAAGCGGGCACUGAAGCACCUGCUGCUCCUAAGCGCGCGUCCAGCGUGUAACUGCUUGCGCCUUUGCCUCCCGCGGGCAAAGAAUUACCUUCCGUCGUCGUAAAGGCAGUAAACGCAGACGUCCAACAGGAAAUUGCUCAGUUUUCUUUAAAAAAAUCUGGAUGCAUAUGAGUAGCAUCGAGCGAGAGAUUACUCAGUAUCCACAUCAAUUAUUGGGUGCAUUAUCAAUUAUUGGGUGGAUAUAUGAGUCUUGUUUGUGUUUUCUGGUUUUAUAUAGGUUGAGAAAAUAUCUGUAUCCUACUUGGCCAUAUAUUCUUAUUCUUGGAAUCUAUAUAUAAUUCCUAGGUUGUAAUUACUGAGCCAUGUAAUUGUAUCUCACUCUAUUUAGGCUU